AUGUCGCCACAUUCGACACUGGCUGAAGGCAGGGGAGGAGAAUUGGACCUCCCUAUUGUGACCCUCCAGGAACUGUUCACUGGCCUAGCAGAAGACUUCCCAGACAAGACUGCUCUCAUCUGCAGACACCAAUCAGCAGACUUUCUACAUCAAACUUCAGAAUCUUCCAACGUUCCCUCACCAUGUCUACGCUGGACUCACUCCCAACUUUACGACGCAGGGCACUUGCUAGCCACUAGGCUUCACGCACUGGGCCUGCGAAAUGGUAUGCGAAUAGCUGCCUUCCUAAGAAAUGGCGCACAGUUCGCUGUUGGCCUCUAUGCUGCAGCUCUGCUGGGUGCAGUCUUCGUUCCCAUCAAUCCAGCUAUGGCGGGCAAGCCGGAGGAAGUGGACCAUAUGCUUCAUACAGCCGAUGCGAGCGCUUUGUUAGCAUGGGAUGUCGAUAUGGCGAAGGCCCUGGAUCGAGCUUUGAGUGAAGGACACGCCGCCAAGCUUAUGGUCAAGGCCAUCUGUAACACCGCAGAUACAUGUCCUGACGGUUGGCACAAGCUGGAGGCCCUACUGGAUCCCAAUUCUGGCUACGAUCAGCUGCCACUUGAAGAUGCAAACAAGGCGCAUCUGGAUGACCUGGCCGUGAUCAUUUUCACAAGCGGUACAACUUCGCGUCCCAAAGGCGUCAAGCAGCUCCACAGGACUCUAGUCGCUGCAGUACGCUCUUCUACCCAGAACCAUGCACUUGACUCUUCACGAAGCUUUUGCGACAACUUACCUUCCUUCCACAUCUUUGGAAUCACCUACAUGCUGAACUGGUGGAGUGCUGGAGGUAGCGUCUGCUUCCCUUCAGAACUGUUCGACCCUGAAGCUACACUCCAAGCUAUCAACGAUGAAAAGCUCACCAAUAUCGCUGGCGUUCCAACGAUGUAUCAGGCCAUGAUUCGAGCGAAGGCGAGUAUGAAUGUAAGCAUGGAGUCCGUACUUGCUGCUCAGAUAUCUGGAACAGCGCUUUCGCCGGAGAUCUUGAAGCAGAUCAGUCAGGGUCUGGGUGUACAAAAAGUUGCUACUUCGUUCGGUAUGAGUGAGGCAACUCCGCUCUGCGCAGUCCCUUAUCGGGACCUACCAUACGACUUCAGCAAGAGUGAGCUCGUGUGCCUUGGCAAACCCGGCCCUGGAGCUAGAAUCAGGAUCUGCAAACCCAACUCCCGUGAAGUUGUCGAGAGAGGCGAAUCGGGCGAGCUACAUGCUGGAGGUCUCAUGGUCACCAAUGGAUAUCUCGGAGGCGCGAAAGGCGAGUUUUACGAAGACGACGGGACCUCGUGGCUCGUGUCUGGAGACCAAGCCGUGAUGGAGCCGAGUGGAGAGAUCUUCGUUAUGGGCCGAUACAAAGACCUGAUCAUACGAGGUGGGGAGAACAUCUCGCCAGCAUCAAUUGAAGCAGUGGUGGAUACUCUGCCAGGCAUCACUUCCCAGGUCAUUGGGGUGCCUGAUGAGAUUGCGGGUGAGGUUCCGCUUGCCAUCAUCAAGCCUACGACUGGAGAUGCCAUCGACAAGUAUGGGGUGAGGGAAGUAGUUGCAAAACGAAUGGGCGAGCUGUACAUACCCGCCGAAACCAUUAGUAUCCAGGACCUAGGGAUCGAAGACUUCCCAAAGACUGAUUCCGGCAAGGUCCAGAAAGCGGAGCUGCGAGGUGUUGUUGCGAACUUCCUGAGCAAUCGAGACGAGCAGGAGAAUGCGACGAAUCGUUCCAGCUCCAAUCAGGAUACACUCCAUCAGGUGUGGUCAGAUUUACUCGGCAUGUCGAAGGCGAAGCUCGAUGUGUCCACCUCAAUUCUGGACCUCGCGGACAGCAUCACGAUCAUGCGGGCUAGUAGUAAGAUCAAACGCAAGAUGGGACAUGUGCUCACCACAGGGGAAGUCGUUGAAUACCCUACGAUCGAGCAGCAGGCAGAGCUCCUCGAUAGUCGCGACGGAACCAUGUGCAAAUCCCCAAAUACCCCACCAGUGGCAAUACGGCAAGGUCCACCUGGUGUGAGUGAUAUGGCUCAUGCUCUCGGUAACCCUCGAAGUGUCGAACAUGCAAGGAUGGCAUUCGAAAGCGUUGCAUCCGAGCUUGGCUUAUCAUGGGAGCAAGAUGUGGAAGACGUCGUGCCGAUAUGGGAUUUCGGACAGGUUUUGUUGCGCCGGCUUCGUGCACAGUCGUGGAACCAUCGACAUGCCUGGGUUGCAACGAAGGCGAGUGCUAAGCAGUUGAGGUCUGCAUUGGAGACUGCUUUGACACACCAACCGAUGCUUCGCACUAUGGCAGCACAGCCGGAGGGCUCACCACCGUUGCAUUACAUCGUUCGGCCAAGCGAGACAUGGUUCAACGCUGUCAUCACGGAGGUCGAUGCCGUGGAGAAUGCAGAAGAUCUACGCACGUUGUGUUUGAAUGAUCCGAAGCUCGACUUUGCUGCAUCGCCUGGUCCACUUUUCCGAGCGAUCAUAGUUCCGAUCAAAGGGACUGGCACAGCUGGGCUGGUAUACCAAGCUCAGCAUUCGUGUUUCGAUGGAUUGUCUAUACCGAAUCUCCGCGAGGACUUGAAGACAAUACUAUCUGAGGGUCAGAAUGCCAGCAUAGCGCCACGGACGCCCUACAAAGUAUUCGCCGAUGCACUACUCCUUCACCGCAGCUCGGCUCAAGCGAACGCUGAUGUUGAGUAUCAUGUACGCCGUCUUCGAGGGCUAGGCAAGAUGGAGCAGUCAUUCUGGCCAAUCCAACGAGCCCCAGAAUGGUUCAAAGGCAACUUCGCCGAUGCAGCAGAUGACCUUAUCAAGAAGCGGCCCCUAAUAGACGGCGACAAGAGCAUUGGUGUCGACGGCGUAACAAAACGAACUAAACUCCCACACCUUCAAAAGCUGAUCAAGGAACAUGGCUUCAGUGCUCCAGCAAUCCUAAAGACUGCUCUUGCACUCCUCAACAGCCACUACACCAACACCAACAUCGCCAUUUUCACCAACUACGACGCAGGCCGCAACUGGCCCUUCCUAUCACCCUGGAUUGCCGAACACCUUCCCAACGCCAUGGACAUCAACGGUCCCACCUUUGAAGCAGUCCUCAACAACAUCACAAUCGACCCCAACGAAUCAGUCCUUACAAUGAUCUCCAGCAUCAAUAAUGAACAAACUCUCCUCACCAAACACGCCCACGCUCCCCUCUUCGAGAUACAAAAGCAGCUCGGCAAUGAUGUGCCGGCAGGUACCGACCUCACCGACAUCAUGCGCCGGCAGAUCUUCAACUGGCUUCCAGGCCUCAAAGAGGCAAUGAGUGAAUCGGAUGACUCGCCAUUGAAGCGAACCCAGGUGCAGUCGAGGAGCGAUGUUGGGAUUCUGUGGAACUGUGGGAUGUUGGAUCAGGAGAUGUUUCAGAUGAAUGCUAGUUAUGAUGAUGCGCAGCUGAGGAAAGCUGAGGUGGAGGAGGCGGUGGAGAGGUUGUUUGGGAUUGCGAGGUGGAUUACUGAGCCUGGGAAUUGGGAGAAGGGGGUUGGGGAGUGUUCGAAGGAGAAGUCAUGA